AUGUCAGGUGUCAUUACAGCAAAAUUUAAUUUUAAACAUUGCACUUCCAAUUCGCGAAUUGGGGAAGGUGAGAGACAUGUGGGGGACUUGGCGAAGGCCUUCGACCCCCUACUGGAUGAGAUGGUAAAUCCGUCUUUAAGAGUCACGAAUUCUUCUGUACAAGGUGUGCAACAAAACGACUUGGUAGUAGUUGCUGUAAAUUCAGCAAGGAUGAAACAUCGGAUGUGGCCAAAGUAUCGAGAUUGGUCACCUCUCGCAGUAGCCAUUUAUCAACUGCACAAAAGUGCUGCGAGUAACCUUCAGAACGAUGCCGACGGAAUCGUCACGGGACCAUAUAGAGCUUUAUAG